GGCGUUGUUCAAAACACAGCUCACUGCUCCAGUUUUCAACGGCAUUGUAACGUUGGCUGCGUGUAAUAAAGGGUCAUAGGAGGCUUAUAAAAGGGCAUCCAGUCUUUACUUUCUACAAUGGCAGAAGGAGGAGAUGUGGACUGGGAGCUCAGCAAAGAAAACAUCCAGCCACUGAGGCGGGGCAGAGUUAUAUCUGCUUUACACCAGGCUCUCAGUCAGCAGCAAGAUGGUCCUGCCUCUACAAUCAACCAACAGAGACAGGCUUUUGAGUCUGAACUUCGGCUGUACGAAGGAGACGAUCCCCUUAGUGUUUGGGAUCAGUAUAUAAAGUGGACAGAGCAAACUUUCCCCCAGGGAGGGAAAGAAAGCAACCUCGUCACACUGUUGGAGCGAGCCGUGACCAGAUUCUCAGAGGAAAAAGAUUACCACAACGACCCUCGCUAUGUGGACUUCUGGAUUAAAUUUGCAGAGAACUGCUCAGAGCCCCUGGAUAUUUACAGGUACAUGCAAGCUCAAGGAAUCGGGGUGACACAGGCGUCCUUCUACAUCGCCUGGUCUGAAGAGCACGAGAAUCAAGGCAAUUACCGAAAAGCAGACCUCGUCUAUCAAGAGGGGUUCAAGAAGUGUGCUGAGCCACAUGAUAGACUCCUCCAGUUUCACAAGGCUUUGCAGGCUCGUGUAUCCCGCCAGGCAAUGUUAAACAUGGAGAAGGACAGUAGCGAUGAAGAGUCGAAACAAUCCGAGAGAGUUUCUCUGGCUGUCCUCAAACACAGAGGGAAGAAAAAGGCCAUCGCUCCUGUCCUCAGAACCGGGACAGCAAUCAAAGCUUUUUCUGGAGGCCUGCAGUCAUACGGCACCCCUGUCGUUGGCAAUGUUGCAAACAGUCGGCUGGUGAUUUUUGAUGAGAACAAAACUGAAGGUGCUGGUCCGUCAGAGCCCAAGUUGGAGCCUUGGGCGGUUCCUCCCACGUCACGGGCAAAAGAGAACGACCCAAAGCCUGAAAGAUGGUGUGACGUUAAGAUGCCCCAGAAAACCAAAUAUGGACAUACAGUUCCACCACCUGCUAAACCCACAUUUCAACCAUUUGUUGAGGAGUUCGACCAGCCCCCAACCAUGACGCCAUGUAAAAUCAACCCGGCCGUGAACACGGUUCUGUCGGCGCGUAAGCCGAGCAAAGAGGAAACUCCCCUGAAGAGACUGCUGGACCAACAGCAGAACCACAAGGAGGCCGAAGCGGGAAAACUCCAGGAGCAGAUCAUGUACUGUAAGGAGCUGCUGCUCAGCGGCGCCACCGAAUUCUGCUUCGAGGAGCUGCGUGCUGAACGCCACUUCAAAAAGAUGGCGCAGGAAGUCAGAAGGAAGGAGACUCCAGCUCACUGAAAAAAAUAUUUUUAGAAGGAUUUUCAACAUUCAUUUUUAACAGGACUUUUCUUUACAAGCAUCAUGUUCAUGUAUAGUUUGUUGUCCAGCUGUAAAUAUGUCUUUWGUUGAGAAGACAAACUGAGGACACAAAGUUCUGAAGUAUUGUAUCGUUAACAGCCAGACUACAAGCACCAGUGGGUUUAUUGUAGAAAAYAUGCACGCUGAAGGUAAAAAGGUCCUGCCUCUGCUGUGUCGUUCAGUUUGUCACUUAUUUGUCUGUUUUAUUUGUCUUUGUCUCUCUUCUGCUCUUUUUUAGAAUAGCUUUGUGUGUGCAGCUUUUUUCAAAGUUUUUAUCUCAUUCACUUUUUCUAAAACAAAUUUUUUUGAUAAAUUCUUUAAAAAAAUACAUUUUAAAUUUAGGCUCUGAGAAGUAGACACCACCAAGCUUUCUGAUGUGUAAUAAACUUGUCUGUUAUGUAA